AUGACAUACAUCAGUGUUGAUGAGAGACAGGAACACUGCCGGGUGAUUCUGAGCUGCCAGAAUAAUCAGCUGUACGCACAACAUGGCUUAAAGGAUUUUUCAGGUAGCAGCAUGCACCCACUAAAGAACUUAGACACGCAGUUUUUUGCUGGGGACUUCAGCCCCGUAGACUCCUGUCAUGUAGGCAAAGCCACCUUGGCCGGUGCCUCAGAAACCCGGCUGUACCGCAGCGUGGAGAACCUGCACUGGGCAACCGUAGCCGACGCCGGCCUGUACUCUCCCUGCAGGAGCCUGGAUAACGAGUUCAUUUUCCACUACAAAGGCACCAGUCACUGGUCUGAAGGCUGUGCCGCGGGGGACCCAGUGCAGAGCACGGCGGACCCUGGCAGGCACCUUCCGCUCCAUGCCGUGCGAACGCCGAGACCGGCGCGAAACGUACCUCUCCCACCUUUUGCCAAAGUGCCUCAGUGGCUUUUCCCUUCCGCGGAGGAGAGAGCCCUGCACGGGGAUGCCAAACGAGAACUGAAGGAGAAGCUGAGGCUGCACAGCGCCAAGGCGGUGGAGCCCUGCAAGCCCGUGCGUCCCCAGGCAUCCCUGACCGAUCUGGUCAGCCGGGAGCUCUCCGAGUGCCGGACGAGCCGGGAGUACAAGAACGGAUGCUCUGUGAACUGUUGCACGGUGUUCGUGGAGCACGCUGCCUUCGGUCCCAGCCCGGGGAAGCCGAGGCCGUGCUUGUCGCGCUGGAUUACCAGUCCGGAGGACAUCAAGCAGGAGGCUCGGAGGAGGCUGCAGCUCCGGAGGCAGAACAGCUCUCCCAAUCUGACUCUCCUGCAUGCCUGGGAAAGCCAAGAGAUUGCCAAAUCCAGAACAGCCGAGUCCCUGAGGGGAUGCGAUAGGGACGGUGACACCAAAGGGACAUUAGAGCUGAGCAAGAAAGGGCAUUGCAGAGGGAGGCUCUACAUACCCACCUUUGAGGAGUUCAAGAGGAUGAGGAGCAAAGAGAUGUGUCCAUCUGGCGGCAGCCACGGGCCCGCAAAGCACACGAGCGAGGGGCUGCCUUCCAGCCAGACCCUGGGAAGAGCGAGCAAGGUGGAUGCCUGUCUAGACUCUCCACAGGAAGCCCUGGAAACCAAACCGGCCCAGGAAACCGCCGUCGUGGCCGAUGACUACGACAGCGUGUUUCACGAAGGCCACGUCCCCUCUGGCUUUGCCCAUUAUCCAGACGUUACAACCGUGUGGGAUGGCUUCAGCACAUCUGAGGCCUGCCAGCAUCUGCUGAAGGACGAGACCUUUGAGAUGUCCCCUAUCUGCUCGAGCCCGAUUCCAAGGUCACCUUUGCAGUCAGCAGCACGCCGCAGGGAGGGGCAGGUCUUCGGUGACAAGCCGCAGGGACUAGACACGAAGCAAUUAAGUGGAGUCCUUCACUUUGCUGAGCAGUCGCUGGCUUCUGAAGCCCCGUCUUCUUGUUGUCCAUCACUGCUGUUAGAGGCCACAGACCUGUCAAGCUAUGGAGCUAAGCUACAAAAAAUGAAGGAUGAAUUCAUAGGCUCGGCACUGGAUCUGAUUAAGAAAAGCUGCAGCACCGAGUCUGCCGUUGAGUCCCCAUCCAAGGGACCACGUGACCGGGGGAAAGCCGAUCUCUCAUCUCCAGAGGACAGCAAUCAGUCUACCGAGAUUCCCAUGGCAACGCAGACAUGGAACAAGCCAAAUAAUGAGACACCUGGUGAUGCUCAACCUGCAGCAAGUAGCUCGAGCCCUAGCGGCCGCAGAUCGAGCUCGGACAUGGCCCACGAGGCGGCCGAGUGUGCCAAGGCCCAGCGGGAGUGCCGCCUGCGGCCUCACUUCAGUGACCCCAUGCCCGCCGAUGCCGUGAAGAGGAAACAGCUGGAGCUGAAGAUCGCCGCUGCUGCUCGGCAGCACGCGCACAAGCGACGGCAGGAGAGAGACACAGGUCCCGUGGUGGCCAAAGCCAACGUGGGCCACGGCUGCAGCUUCGACGAGAGCAGCUACAUGCUGAGCGGCUCCCUGCGAUCCAAGCACCGCUGGAGCAACGUCAGUAGCCUGAGCGCCGACAGCGGCAUCGCCAGUAGGAGCGACGACAAGGACGACGACCCCGCCAGGACCAGGUCGGCGGAGGUGGAGCGGGCGGACAGCGGCAUCGACCAGGCUUCGGCCAGGAAAUGGAAGAGCAGAGCCUCCGAGACACUGAGCUCCCUGCAGGCCUGGGAGGCGCACAGGCCCUGCACCGACUGCGGGGAGAGGGAUUUCCCGGCGGAGACAGAUGCCCAGAACCGCAACAAGAGACGGGCCAACCUGUGCGAGAAGUGCCUGAAGCGCAGGACCGAGCGGAAGGAGUCGAUCCUGGAGUUUGUCAACACGGAGGCCAGCUACGGCGAGGACCUGCGGAUCAUCAAGGAGGAGUUUUACCUGCCCAUGCAGGCGGCUGGGCUGCUGACCCAGGAGCAGCUGCUGGGCGUGUUCAGCAACAUCCAGGAGCUGAUCGACCUCAACGAGAACUUCCUGGAGAUACUGCAGGAGGAGAUCGACCAGGCCUUUGAUCAGGGCGACGACGAUCUGAUGACCGUGUGCAUUGGCGAGAUAUUCCUGGAGUUUGUCAACAUGCUGCCUGCCUUUCAGACCUACUGUCUCCAGCAGUCGUCCUCCGUGAACAUGCUCAACGCCCUGGAGAAGGAGAAAGAGCUGCUCAGAAUAUUCCUCAACGUUUCCCAGAACGACAACACAGCACUGCGGCGCAUGAACCUGAGGUCCUUUCUGAUGGCUCCUUUGCAAAGAGUCACCAAAUACCCGCUUCUGCUCAGCCGCAUCAUCAAAGCCACCAUUGAGUAUCACCCGGAUCACGGCAGCCUGCGGGAAGCCAAGUGCCGCAUUGAGUCGCACCUGGAGCACAUCAACAUGAAAACCAAGCAAGAAGGGAACUCGUGGACCCUGCGCUCCUUCCGCCAGGAUAGCAAGAAGAGGAGGGAGGUCAUCAACAUUGAGAUGAGGGAAACCGCCAUCAAAACCAUGACCUGGCUGCGGGAAGAGACGCGCUUCGUGAUGGAGGGGUCUCUGCAGCUGGCCCAGCCGCCGGACGGCCAGUGGGUCAAAAAGGGCAGCAAGACCUUGAAGUUUCAGAACAUGCAGGUGCUUCUCAUGGUCAACAUGAAGCGAGCGUCCGAGUCCAGCCUGGAGUCUGCCGAGCUGGGACCGGUGAAAGAUGCGGUGCUGGUGCUCAUCAGGGACAAGAAUAACGGGAAGUUCAGUUUGCUCAGGGAGCCCUUGCGGCUGAGUAACUGCGUCGUCUCCGCAGAUCCCGACUGCGACGACACGUUUGAACUCAUUGAGAUCAGGCGGGAGGCCUUUGUGUUUCGGGACAGUGACAGGGCACGGACUCACCACUGGUUCAGGCAGAUCAGGAGGUAUUCGAGAGAGCUGGGCUCUUGGAAGAAGCGCCGUAAUGCUCUGCCCAACAUCAUGAUAAGCACAUCCCAUAGCCGGCCUUGAAAGCUUGGGAAAGACUCACGUUGGGAAGGACUUGGCUAAGCCAGCCAGACCUGCACAGAAACAUUGCCAGGCCAAGUAACCUCUAGUGCAACUCCCUCAAAGUCAGCGGAGUUAAACUAGGGGCGAGUUUGGUCCAACAAGGCCGAUCAUUUGCAAACAGGCUGGGAACCAGAUGUUACAGCCUCACCUUGGAGUCCAGCAAGACUGACUAGCGGCCUAAUUGAGACCGACUUGCUUAUGAGGAACAGGCUCCUUGCGAAGAUCAGUUCUCUGGAAAGAAGCAUAACUUGUUAACAGCACAUGAAAGGAAAAGUUGUAGUACACGUUGCAUGAUGACGCUGAAGAACUGCCCUGGACAACGUGAGAGGUUUCCGAUGUUGCACAUAUUUCAUCAGCGUUAAGUAAAAAGCCAGGUUCAGUAUUACUGAAUAAGAGAGGAAGUUUGGACACGAUCAUGACCUCAUUUGACUGGUUCCCAGCCUCUCUAGCACAAAUUCUGUUUCAUAGUUGAUACCUCUACGGCCAAUGAAAGAUUUAUUGUUAAAGAAAUAAAUAAUUUUUUUUCAUCUCUAACCCCAACCAAGUAGAUGCAAAAUCUCAUGCAUGUGAAAAAACAAAAAGGGUGGACAAAAAAAAAUACACAAAGAGACCAAUCUCUCUUACACACAUGCACACUCUCCAAAGUACCUAUAGGACCCUGAAAAAAAGAGCAAUAUCCCUUUAUUAAAACCAUCAGAUUUUUAAGUGACCUCUUUAGAGACAUCAUUUCAGACGGGUGGAAAAUAAAGUGUCACCCGAAAUGUUUCAGGACUGUGGGUAUGUAAAUAAGGCCCCGCUACCACUUCUGGUGAACUUAGAUGUCUGUGAUUAUUUAAAAUGAUGUAAUCUAGUGUAUCUCAGAAUUUAAAAGGGAACACUUUACAUUGUACUGUAGAUCAACAACAUAAAGUGGUUUAAUACUUACCCUCUGAUGACUCUAGAUCAGUGUUCUGCUUACAUUUUGGGUCCGUUUCGUUUUCUAGAGGUAAUGUUUCGCUGGUCACGGGACGAAUUUAGAUGAGUGGGGAAAUGUGCAUCUCUCUUUGGCCUCACCUGAGAAAAAUUCAAGUGCUUCCAACUGAGGCGGCAGGAAAUUUCUCCUAGCACGGCUGUCCCAUUUCUGGCCUCAACAGUCGUGUUACACUUACUGUUACCGGACAGCUUUAGAUCAGCGUAAACCUUUCCACUGCAUAUCGGUUCUGAACGUGUUCCUUAAUCUCAUGCAAAUUGUCUAGCUCACGAGCUGAGAGAGCAGAAGUAAUAGCUGUCAGGAAAAAAAGAGAGGGAGAAAAGGGGGCACACAACAGGAAAUACCUCUACUUCAAUUGGCAUCAACAGCACAUAGGUUGCUCUAACUUAGACACUGGUUAGCGAAAGUGUAAGUAGGCUGAAUGGUGCCAAGAGAUUUUAACUUGUAGCACCUUCUGCGCGUGGUCUCACGUGUGCAGAGUCAGCAAGGUAAAUCAGCGCACCGACACGCUGUGACGGUCAGGGUGCAGACACACGACAUCAAGCGUGCCUGGACUGUGGUUCAAUGCGUCUCCGACUGCAACCCCGAGAGGGCUUCUCCCUAGAAGACAGGUUGAGGUCAGAGCUGCUCCACACUAGGUUGUGCCCAGAGGUGAAUCCCACCAAGAAGGUCUGCACACAAGUACACGCUUGUGUAGUCCUCCUUUGACAGAUGAUGUCACUGGAGAUGUGUAUUAAGGCAGUCCUGCAGAGUUGUAAGUGCAGCCUUCGGUCUGCCAAAGCCUGGCCUUUCUGGAGCUGAACAACCGUGCAGAACCCAGAGAUUGCUCCAUCAGACUGUUUGCUACGGCUGCUGAGACGUUACCUUCCAUCCUGGCGACUGAUCUAGACAACAGCCUGCAGGUCGGUAUUUUUGGCCGACUCGCACUGCUUUGCAUUGUUUGUGCAUUUCAAGAACUGUUUUCACGGUCGUGUGCGUCUGUAGGAGGGGCAAUUGUCUGAGUCAUUAUAAACACAUGCCAGGGAUGGAUGGAUCAUAGAAAAUGAGGGUGGGAGGGGACCUCAGGAGGUCACAUCUAGUGCAGCCCCCUGCUCAAAGCAGGACCAGCCCCAGCUACAUCAUCCCAGCCAAGGCUUGGUCUAGCCAGGU